CCUGGGCGCGCCCCGGGAGGCCGGGUGGGAGGGGCUGCCCCUGGCUCCCCCCGCCCCUCCCCGCGGGCCCCGCCGCUUCCGCUCGUCCUGGGGCCGCCCGGGGAGCCAGGACGUGCCGCCUGGGCUCUACGUAGCCGGCUGCCCUUGGUGGAACCCACACCCUCUGCACAUGAGGUCACGAGUCGGCAACUGGACUGGGGCCAGGUCACCCCCCCAUUGUCAUCCCUCACUCCAGGGGCUCCCUGCUGCCAGGGUUUGGGAGCUGAGGUGGCCCUGGAGGCCCAGGUGCAACCAGGGGGCUUCUGCCAGGGAUUCGGUCCCUGACCCAGCCCCCACCAGCUGCACUUUCUGCCGAGUCCCUCCUAGAGCCCUGGACUGAGUCCAGCUGGUCCCCAUGGCACAGAUGGGGAAACUGAGGCCCAGGGAAGUGGAGUGGCUGGCCCUUGGCCACACAGAAAGAGACAAGAACAGAGGUCCAGAGAGGUUAAAUUACUGCCCCAAAUCACACAGCCAGUUGGGACAGAGCUGGGGUUCAGACCCUGGCCUGCUGGUGCCCCCACUGCAGCGUCCUCGCUGCUCCCCCACGCUCCGCCCCUUCCAGAAGCUCCUUUUGCUGUGGACCCUCGUGAGCUGCGGUUUGGGGGGCCGUGCUCAGGGUCCAGGUGAGUGGAUGCCGUGGGGUUCCUGGAGUCGCUGUUCCAGCUCUUGUGGGCGGGGUCUGUCCGUGCGCACCAGGCGCUGUGUCUGGUUUCCUGGGGAAGAGCUGUGCUGGGGAGACUCCCACGAGUACCGCCUCUGCCAUUUGCCAGACUGUCCCCUGGGGGCCAUUCCCUUCCGAGACCUCCAGUGUGCCCUCUACAAUGGCCGCCCUGUCCUGGGCGCCCAGAAGACUUACCAGUGGGUACCCUUCUAUGGCGGGGGAGGGGGCCGGAACUCCGACAGAGGGACUCCACUGGCCGCACAAUUCCUCCCUCCCCCAGCGCCCAACCAGUGCGACCUCAACUGCCUGGCCGAGGGGCAAGCCUUCUACCACAGCUUCGGCCGCGUCCUGGACGGCACCCCCUGCAGCCCGGGGACCCAGGGGCUCUGCGUGGCUGGCCGCUGCCUCAGCGCCGGCUGUGACGGGUUGCUGGGCUCGGACGCCCGCGAAGACCACUGCGGCCGCUGCGGCGGCGCCAACGAGUCGUGCCUUUUGGUGCAGCGCGUGUUCCGAGACUCCGGUGCCUUCGCUGGGUACUGGAACGUGACCCUGAUCCCCGAGGGUGCCAGACACAUCCGUGUAGCCCACCGGAGCCGCAACCACCUGGCGCUGGUAGGGGGCGACGGGCGCUAUGUGCUCAACGGGAACUGGGCGGGCAGCCCACCUGGGACCUACGAGGCGGCGGGCACCCGUGUGGUCUACACCCGCGCUGCAGGGCAAGAGGAGAUGCUGAGCGCGGCUGGGCCCACGUCCCAAGACCUGCUCCUGCAGGUCCUCCUCCAGGAGCCCAACCCGGGCAUCGAGUUCGAGUUCUGGCUCCCUCGGGAACGCUAUGGCCCCUUCCAGACGCAGGCGCAGGCCCUGGGCUGGUCCCUGCGGCAGCAGCAGCCGCGGGAGGUGGAACCUCAGCCCCCUGAACUCCCCGCAGCCCCGGCUACCAUUGUCCCACGGAUCCCGACCCCCACCCCAGACCCCUGCGCACCCUGCCCCGACACUCGAGGUCGAGCCCACCGCCUGCUCCACUAUUGCGGGAGCGACUUUGCGUUCAGGGCCCGCGUGCUGAGCCGCCUGCACCAGGCCCAGGAGACACGCUACGAGGUUCACGUGCAGCUCAUCUACAAGAACCGCUCGCCACUGCGGGCUCUCGAGUACGUGUGGGCACCGGGUCGCUGCCCCUGCCCCCGGCUGGACCUCCACCGCGAGUACCUGCUGGCUGCCCAGCGCCGCAUCAGCCCGGAUGGCACUCGGGACCGACUCGUGCUGCCCCGCACGGGCUAUGCCCGGACCUGGAGCCCCGCUGAGGACAGCCGCGUGCGCCUGGCCGCCCGCCACUGCCCCGUCUGAGCCCCUCGACAAGGCCCCUGCCACGUGCAGCAAGAAAGACACGCCGGACCAGGCUCCGACUCAACAUACUUCCCCUCUUGCCCUGGCUUCCGGCGAGCUUACUAUCUCUCGCCCACGGCUCUGUGACUUCCCGUCACACGUGCUUAGACGGCCCUGCACAUGGUCAGAUCCACUGUCAUCAGCAGGAGCCACUGGUGAGGACACACUGAACAGACUUGAACUCAUUUCCUCUCUCACUCUGGCUGACAGGAAACUCGUAGAUGUUUUACACUUCGGAACUUUGUGUCUGUUUUUAUUCUCUUUGCCUCACACUUGCUUUCCUAGAACGCUGUCAUAAACAACCAAGGCCCAGAGGAAGACAUUGUAAUGAAUCAGUUUCCCUUCUUGCCCUUGCUACCAGGAAGCUCACUGCUGUUCAACCACCUGACACCCUAUGCUGUCUCUUCUCAUGGACACACAUAGGCUGCAUGUAUUCCAAGAUGCUCUAACAAACGGGGAUGCUCCCCAGAGGACACGCCUAACCCAGUCCCGUAAUGUACCCACUUCCCCUCUCACCCUGGCUACCAGUGAGUCUAGAGAUAAUCUUGAGAGCCUCAGCAAUUCUGGCUGGGUUUCUUUCUUUCUUUCCCUCUUUCUCUCUUUCUUCUUUCUUAAAGCUUUUAUUUUUUUAAGUAACCUCUACACCCAACGUCCAAACCCACAACCCGGAUAUCAAGAGUUGCACGCUCCACUGACUGAGCCAGCCGGGCGCCCCUGGCUGGCUUUCUUUCAGGCAACACCGCUAUCCAUCUCUUGUUUAUUCCUAUUUAUUUUUUUUUUAAGAUUUUAUUUAUUUAUUUGACAGAGAGACAGCCAGCAAGAGAGGGAACACAAGCAGGGGGAGUGGGAGA